AUGCAGAAAGAGCACGAUUCUUCGGACGAAAACGACAUGCUUGACAGCGUUCCUCCACCUCCGACCCGACGACGGGGGAGUGUAUUGGAUGACGCUAUUAUGAGAGAUAUGUUGGGUAAGCGGGCGGCGCCGGCUGAGGGGCAAGAGGACAGAGAGGAACGGGAGAGAAUGGAGAGGAUGUAUGUCAUGUUGAGGUGGUCCAAACGGUAUCGAGCAGCGCUUGUACGAGACGCCAACGCCAGCUUCGCCGCCGACGUUGAAGCCGCUUCCUCCCCAUCCGAAGCGUCGACAUCAUUUACCCAACUCUCAACCCCAUCGACAUCAUCCACAAUGUCGAAUCUCGAUAUGACAGCCAGGCGAUCAUCCAUGAGCACUGGUUCAUUUGGUGCCGGGCGAAUGUUCGCCAAGGAUGAACUGGAUGCUGCCCUCGCGGGCCUGGAACUGGAUUCUGCUGCGGCGAGUUCCCAUUUGGACGUGUCGAGUGCAGAAGCCUCAAGACGAGGAUCAGACUCUUACGAGGAGCCAACCGAGGUGGUAUGUCGUCCUUUGACGGCAACAACUGGAGUUUUGACGCGGAAAAGACCUAGUACAGAUCGACCAAAGCGUCGUGUUCAAUUCGCUGAAGAAGUGAAACUGAUACCCCCAGAGGAAUUGAUAGAUGAUGAGGGCGGCGAUGCAGAUAAUGAAUUGAGCGGGGAUGAAAGUGGAGAAAUAGAGGAGAAUGAAUCAAAUCAAUCCAUUACUCCAAUGGAAACCUCGGACGCUAAUAUCAUCACUGCCACAAGCAAUAAGAACAGCACCAGCAGCGAUGAAGAUGAAGAAGAAGGAGAAGAAGCACAAAAAAUUGAUGUUAAAUCGAAAUCUCCGGCGGUGAAGAAGCUCACCAAAGCUUUCAAACGAGCCUUCUUGGGUGCCAAACCGCAAGUACGAGUGGUUCACGCCGCUUAA